AUUAUUCAGAGUUUGGGGUGCGCCGGCGAAAUACCCGGAUGUGUGAUAGGCCAUGUGCACUUCCAUCCAGUCGGCUCUCCUCACCUCAUCCAGUCGUUAUAUCACCUCGUCUGCCAGACGUACCUCCGCCGUAGCAGCGACAACAACCCAAACCACGCAAACAUGUAUCGUCUCCACGCAAUCAUGAAGCAGGUGAGGCCCGUGUGCAGGACUCUAGCGCCUCACCUCACGCGUGCCUACGCCAAAGACGUCAAGUUCGGCGCAGACGCUCGCGCCCUAAUGCUGCAAGGUGUUGACCUGUUGGCUGAUACAGUCGCUGUCACCAUGGGCCCGAAGGGCCGCACAGUCAUCAUCGAGCAGAGCUGGGGUAGCCCGAAGGUGACCAAGGACGGCGUAACGGUGGCCAAGAGCAUCGACCUGAAGGACAAGUACAAGAACAUCGGCGCCAAGUUGGUGCAGGACGUGGCCAACAACACCAAUGAGGAGGCGGGCGACGGGACCACCACUGCCACUGUGCUGGCACGCGCCAUCGCCAAAGAGGGCUUCGACACCAUCAGCAAAGGCGCCAACCCCGUAGAGAUCCGUCGCGGUGUCAUGCUGGCCGUCGAGACAGUCAUCAGCGAGCUCAAGUGCCUCUCCAAACCCGUCACCACGCCUGAGGAAAUUGCACAGGUUGCCACCAUCUCAGCCAAUGGCGACACAGAGAUUGGGAGCGUCAUCUCCAACGCCAUGAAGAAAGUUGGUCGCAAAGGAGUCAUCACUGUGAAGGAUGGAAAAACUCUUCAUGAUGAGCUGGAGGUCAUUGAGGGUAUGAAGUUUGACCGUGGUUACAUCUCCCCAUACUUCAUCAACACCGCCAAAGGUCAGAAAUGUGAGUUCCAGGAUGCUUACCUGCUGCUCAGUGAGAAGAAAAUCUCCAGUGUCCAGAGCAUCGUUCCCGCCCUGGAGAUUGCCAACCAGCACCGCAAGCCUCUGGUCAUCGUGGCCGAGGAUGUGGAUGGAGAGGCCCUCAGCACUCUGGUUCUUAAUAGGCUGAAGGUUGGUCUGCAGGUGGUUGCAGUCAAAGCGCCAGGAUUCGGGGACAACAGGAAGAACCAGCUGAAGGAUAUGGCCAUCGCCACCGGGGGCACUGUGUUCGGUGACGAUGCUGUGGGCGUGGCUCUGGAGGACAUCCAGGCGCACGACUUCGGCAAGGUUGGCGAGGUGCAGAUCACCAAAGACGACACGCUGCUCCUGAAGGGCGCCGGUGCACCUGCCGACGUGGAGAGGCGGGCGGCCGAGAUCGUGGAGCAGCUGGAGAACACCACCAGCGACUACGAGAAGGAGAAGCUCAACGAGCGUCUGGCCAAGCUUUCGGACGGCGUGGCCGUGCUCAAGAUCGGAGGGACGAGCGAUGUAGAGGUGAACGAGAAGAAAGACCGCGUGACUGACGCCUUGAACGCCACGCGGGCAGCUGUGGAGGAGGGCAUCGUGCCCGGCGGCGGUUGUGCUCUGCUGCGCUGUAUUCCCUCACUGGACACCAUCAAACCUGCAAAUGCCGACCAGAAGAUUGGUGUGGACAUCAUCAGGCGGGCGCUGCGCAUCCCCGCCAUGACCAUUGCCAAGAACGCCGGCGUGGAGGGCUCGCUGGUGGUGGAGAAGAUCCUACAGGGGCCUGCCGAGGUGGGCUACGACGCCAUGCUGGGAGAGUACGUCAACAUGGUGGAGAAGGGCAUCAUCGACCCCACCAAGGUGGUGCGGACGGCCCUCCUGGACGCGGCGGGCGUGGCCUCGCUGCUCUCCACUGCUGAGGCGGUCGUCACGGAGAUCCCCAAGGAGGACAAGGAGAUGCCGGCCGGCGGCAUGGGCGGAAUGGGCGGCAUGGGCGGCAUGGGGGGCGGUAUGGGUUUCUAAAAGGCAACCGCCCGGCUUACCUCGUCCCCUUCACAACUGUAUAGACUAAACAAAAUGGCGCCUCUGAGACUCUGCAGCCAUAACUCACUGAACCCGACCGACAGGAAGUUGGCACUACAAGUGGUUAACCCCUCGAUUUGCCUACCCGAAGGAGCCAGCUUCCGGGAGGAGAUCCGCUUGUUUUCCACAUCAGUUAAUCCACAACACCCUGUAAAAUAUGUGCAACUGUGUAGAUGGGGGGGGGGGGCAUUUUCUUCCCCUGCAGGAACUCUCCACCAAGUUUACAGUAGCGGUGCCCUCUAUGGGUCGGGCUUAUGUUGACCAGUUCACUAGUAAGUCAAGCUCACUCCCAAGAGUUAGAUGUGAGGAUUUGGUAAGGAUGAUAACCAUCAGUCAAGGGUCAUUGUUUGGAUCUGCGUGGACUUCCUGUAGUGGAAAUCUGUCUCAACUUCCUGUAAAGAUCAUGUUUAAAAAAUUUUAAAAAAAAAGGUAAAAAAAAUAAGCAGAGUGUGGAGUGACGCCAGGAAUGUGUCGCUGUCAUUGUAUUUGUCUUGACUUAAUUUGUUUUUUUAUAUAUGUAUGUCAUGGUUUUGCCCUGCUGAUGAAGCAGGUGUUGCUUUGAUUUAAUUAAACCAAUUUUUCAAAUUAUUUGGGUUUCAUUGUUUGCUUGAUUGUGAUUAUAUACAGAGUGCCUACAAUGUAAUAACCCAAAUGAGGUCUGUUUACAAAAAUUAUUUCAUAUCUUGAUUUUUGAGUCUAUUAGUAACAGGACAAGACAUCAUCCUGUUAAGACCAAUUAUAAAAAAAAUAACUGCAUUUAAAAAAAAAGAAAUGCCACACUAGCAGUGAUGAUUCAUUUUGUAACGUAGUCAUUUUUUUUGUUUCCCUGUGUAUAUUCAAUAAAUGCAAAUUAUUCUGUUGA